GUGUAAUGAGAAAAAGGCUUUGCUGAAAAUUCCUGCAGAAACCUGCUGUCACCGACUCUUUUGGUUGUCCAUGGCAAUCAGGCUCUUUUGGGAAUGGGGUGUUUGAGCCCUGAUGGCUCAUUAUCACAACGAUGAAGGUUCUGGGCCUGGCUUGAACCCAGAUCCCGUUUCCCAGAGCUGUUUUUCUCCCAUAACUCUGGUUAUUUUGCAGACAGCAUGAACAGAAAGGCCUUUCGGGACGGAAUAAAGCCAGGCUGGCACUACUUCGGCAGGAAGAUGGACGUGGCCGAUUUCGAGUGGGUGAUGUGGUUCACCUCGUUCAGGAACAUCAUCAUCUUCGCCCUCUCUGGACACGUCCUCUUCGGCAAGAUCUGCUCCAUGACUGUGCCACAGCACCGGGCUGUGAUGUACAUGAUCUACGGGGUCCUGGCUGUGCUGGGCAGCAUGGGGCUGGUCUACCUGAUGAUCAUCCUCUCCCACUGCCUGGUCCUCUACUCGGUGGCCCUGGCCAAGCAGAAGUGGCUUUGCUACGUGGCCGGGCUCUGCUGCCUUGCCUCCUUCAAGGUGGAACCCUUUGGCUCGUGGCAGGUGG